AUGUUUGGGAUCAAUCAUCCUCCACUUUUUAUAAAAGACAUUAAGGCCGGACUGAAAAACGUAAAUGUUGUCUUUAUUGUCCUGCAGUUAGAACGCGUGACCAGAAUCAAAGACGGCCAUGAAGUGAGAUCCUACAAAGUAGCCGAUGAAACGGGAAGCAUCACUAUUUCUGUAUGGGAUGAGAUCGGAGAGCUCAUACAGACAGGGGAUAUUAUUCGUUUGACCAGAGGAUAUGCUUCAAUGUGGAAAGGAUGCCUGAUACUUUAUACUGGAAGAGAUGGUGAACUUCAAAAAAUUGGAGAAUAUUGUAUGGUGUAUUCAGAAGUGCCAAAUUUCAGUGAACCAAACCCAGAUUAUACAGGGCAGCAGAACAAAGCGGUACAAAAUGAGAAGGACAGAGUGAGUGUUGGUACUUUUGGGCCAGUUGGAAAUGGUGUUAAGACUAGGCCUGAAUCAAGGGGAUAUCAUCUUCCAUAUACUGGUACAAGAAGUGGCCGGAAACCCAUCAAUCAACAGCUUCCAGGAGCUCAUAGUAGUCAAACAGUCAUGACCACAAUAAGUAAUAAAAGGGAUCCGAGAAGAGUCUUUAAAAGAUGGCCUAAGCUAAAGAGACUCAUAUAG